AUGCAUAAAGUUGACUGGAAAGAUUCGACUCCUGAGCGCCGGCUUGCAAUUAUGAACCUCGUCGAGAAAUAUCCCCAUAUUCCCCACCCCGCCGGUGAUGAUACUGCUGAACCACCCUCGUCCUUAGUGCCUCCAAGUCAGCGACCUGACAUCCCAGGCAUGUCAUCCGAUGUGUUUACACAGCCAGCUUGGAAUGCUUCCAGCAAGACACGCAAUGCCUGGAGAGAGGGGUGUCCACCCGAUCAGUUCCAAUAUCAAGAGCAGGGAAUUCCUUCCACACCGCGGUUAAGGAGAAUCGUGGCACACGGUGACCCCCACUACUUCUUCUCAUGUCUACCCGUACUAUCACCUCCUCCGAUGAGCUCAAACCGAGCCACCACCGAGCUCAACAAGCUUCUCUCUGAACUGGAAGAAGCACGCAACCGCUUCCAUCGAUUGCUUCCUCAAACCGUGGACGCUCAAGCGGAGAUGGAACGAUGUGAGACUAAGGUCAAGCAAUUCUACUUGGCUAAUGGCCCUGGUGCUGUGAGCAACCAAUAG